AUGUUUUUCGUUACUUUCACCGUUAUUUUCAUUGGCUCUCACGCGCUUUACUACAACCCAGAGUUAUACGUUCCAAAAUAUCACGAUUUCAUUGAAUCACAAACAAACUUGACACGGGAUUUGUUUAAUGGCUAUGAUCCAACUGUAUCACCGGUGUACAGCAAAAUCGAUCCUCUACAACCACUUGGAUAUGAUCCGGAUGCUCCUAAACGUUACAACUAUUCCAUAAUGUUGUACUCUCUAAAACUUGUUGAGGUAAAUGAACCAGCUGAAAAGGUGGCUGUUGUCAUGGAGAUAAUGGAGUACUGGUAUGACAUUAGACUCUCCUGGAAUGCAAGUUUAUACGACGAUAUUGAUACAUUUUACACACGACAGUCAAACGUUUGGAGCCCCACAUUGUCUGCAUUUGGAGCAGAUGAACUUGUGGACUUACGAGAUCCAGACUUUCGUAUGGUAUGUGUGAAUAGUAAUGGAUAUAUCUAUGAUUACAUAUCCGUGCGAGUUUCAUCAAGUUGUCCGAUGAAUGUCUACAAAUUCCCAUUCGAUUAUCAAACCUGUCAGAUCAAAUUUUGUCUUCCUAUUUUCAAUUCUGUUGAAAUACAAAUUUUUAAUGAGAUCUAUGUCGGUGUACUUAUGUCUGAUUUGUGGGAAACGAUGGGAAAUUCUGAAUGGAAGCUGACCAACUUGAGUAAUCGUGUUGAGACCUUACAGUACAAUGAUGGAUUUGGAAACCUAGAUUUGGGUAUUUUUGAAAUAACUAUAAAACGGAACCCACUCUACUACAUAUACAUGAUUAUUUUUCCAUCCUUCAUUAUUAAUGUUGUGUCUAUAAUUGGAGUUUUUCUGAAAGGCGCAGAUAAAAUGUCAAGGCUCAACGUUGGUCUCACAAACAUUAUGACAAUGACAUUUAUACUAGGUGUCAUGGCUGACAAAAUUCCGAGAACCGGCACAAUUCCAAUGCUUGGUGUCUAUAUCAUUGUGAAUCUUGCAAUAAUGAUUAUUGCUAUUGGAAUUGUUACAAUGAUCACUGAACUGCGUCACUGGCUGGCUCCUUUUCUGAAGAGGAAUGAGACUAAGUUUAGCAGGAAACUCGAAACGUUCAUUGGUCCUCCUCUUGAGUUCACAUGUGCAAUUAUUCUCGAAGUGUUUACAUGUGCAAUAUUCGGUGUAAUGAUUGGGUUCUGGUUAGGAGACGACAAAUAAGACUAUUUGAAAUAAAUCAUCUUGCUAAAAAUUUCCUGUAAAAUUUAAAAUUCAAUCUCUC